AACAGUCCAUCAAAUAAAGUCCUGGAGGAUCAGAGUCCAACAGAAGGGCAAUUUUCCACCACUAAAGCAUCUACUUAACCUGGUAUUAACUGGUGAGUUAAAUCAAGUGUUUUUGCUCAGGGAAAUCACCAAACUGCACUGCACCCUGCCCCUACAGGACUGGAACUAAUGACCAUUUAAAGUUAGUACAGACCAAAGUGCUUUAAAUGAGUGCACAGUCUAGGAGUUAUUUGCACUUUAUUUGAAAUCCCAACCCAUUUUUCUGCCUUAUGGUCCAGACCCUUUGAGCUGGUAAGAUGAGCCAUUGAUUGAGGAAGAGUGUCUGUUUGGCUCUGGUGCUAAAUAAUUCAGUUAGCCUUGAGUCACUUGCCUUUGUACCUGGCCCUUUCUAUUACUGAAUUAAUUAGAUUUAAUAAAAAAUGUGAUAUUUACAUGAGUUACAUAGGUGCUAAUAUUUUUGCAUUUUGUGGAGUUACUGAGUAUUAUGCUGCUGUGCAUUACUGUGUACUGCUUUUGGGAAUAAGUACAGUAUAUGGUUACUGUUUUCGUAUUUGUGAUUGAGCCCAGAGUUGAGCUUUCUGAGGAAAUCAAUCUCGUUUCACUAGUCUUCCCUGAGGAUACACUGUCCGAGUGUGUUUCUGUCAUGUGGUUGGUAGAUCUUAACAUGUAUCAUUUAAUCUGUCUAAUCCAGAGCAAGGGAUUUAAUUGCACUGGUGUGACUGUGAUCCUCUCACAGACGUUCUAAUUAGCUUCCACCAUCCUGCUACAUCCCCAUGCUGAAACUGGGCCACUUUCCAUCCCUUGGAGAGGGAGCUAGCUGUCAGAGUAUGGGAGGAAGAUAUUUAUAGCAAAAUGGGGCCUCACUUUACCCUUUUUGGAGAGAGAAUUAUUAAGGAUCUGUGCUACACUGUUCCAGUUUCACAGUGUUAGCUCUGCAGGCAAGACUAGUCAGACUUGCCAGAGAUGCAGAGUCAACGUGACGGAGGAAAGGAUUUCGGCACUGUGUGCCCAUCACCAUUUUAUGUGUCAAUACUGCGCAUGGUUGACUUUGAUGAUGGAGGGAAUUGGGAAGGUUUUCCUCCUUGCCUCCUAAUGCUUGACUAGAGGAUGUGGUGAAUAAAAUUAGGAGCCACUGAGGUGGGAGAAGUGCACUGGAUAUUUUUUUUUCUUCACUUGUUGACUCAGGCAAAAUGAAGAGAUUCCUGCAAAGUAAGAAAGGGAGGUCCUCCUUACAGCAAUACCAGAAGUCUGGCCCACGCUAUGCACCUAAAGAUUUCUUUCUUACCAUGCCAACAUCUAACCACGGCUGGCCAGAAGAGUUUGGCUUCCAGCUUGGGGGCACUGGACCCAGCUAUAUCCUUACUAUGGGGGAGGGUAGCAGUGCUCAUCUAUCUGGCCUGCAGCCUGGAGACCAGGUGCUGGAGAUUGAAGGGCAGGAUGUGUCCAGUCUGGGAGCUCAGGCAGUCAUCGCCCUGGCACAGGCACAAAAGAACAUCCCACCCAGCAUUGGCGUGGUCUCCAGAAUACAGCAGAUGGAUAUUACCCCAGGUCCUGAUGGUCAUUUUGGCUUUACUAUUGUGGGAGACUGCCCCUUGCUGGUGGAGGACUGCUCUCCCUGCUCCCCUGCUGGGCGCAGUGGUCUGAGGGCUGGUGAUUAUGUCAUGGAAGUGAACGGAAUCCCUGUGAAGCAUCAUGAGAUGGCUGCUGCCUUAAUAAAGUCGUCACAGGGUCGCACGCUGCGCCUUGAAGUGCUCUGCAUGGGCAGCCGGCAGAAGCGUAGCAGCAGCAUAGAUGAGUGGCAGAAAGACAACGAAGGCACGCGGCUGGACCGCAAACAUAAAGCCUUAGAGUUCAAUAAAAGGAUUGAGGAGGUGUUGGGGAAUGAGCCUGAGUUGAGAGAAGCUGUUUGCUGUGCUAAAGCAGUUUGCUGCUGAGAGGAAGGUGGACUGGCUGGCAUCUGUCCUUCCUGACAUCCUGACCACUGAGGAGCAUCAACAACUAAUUUCUAAUGUCAGGUAGGCAUCAGACCUCUAUACAGUUUUUACUGUGUUCUAAAAAGCACUCUAUUUCAGUGCUUCUCUGACCUGAAACACUUUUAGCACGUCUGUGCUGUCAGGUGGCCACUAGAGGGCCUCAGAGUUGAUUCUUUCACUUGAGAUUCAGGCUAAUGUUCAUUUAAAGGAUGUAACAGGUAAUGUUCUGAUUUUGCUAUGCAGAAUCUGGUAAUAAAUUGCAAGAGGACCUGCAGUGUUUGUGUCAAGUUUUAGAGGUAGAUUAGUCGGUGUUAGUCAGUCUGACUACAUAAUGCUGUUGAUCAGUUGGAUCCCAUCUGCUACUGUUGUGCUCAGGAUUAUCCGCUGGCUUUAUUGUGUGGGAGAUAUGCAUGUCCAUAAGUGAAAUUCCUGUACUAGUUCAGUGGCAUGAUAUUUCAUGUGCAUCACCAUAGCUGAUCUAGUGCUGACACAGCUCUGUGUCCCAACACAAUCUGUCUGCUUGGCAAGCACCUACACUAAAAUUGGAUUGAUACAGAGAAGGUUAACGUGGCCUUUAUGACAGGAUGACAA